UCCAUGAAGAAUGAAGAAGAAAGGAAUCGUUUCGUUUGUCAUCUUCUUUCUUGUGUUGUGUUGUGACUAAUAAAAUUACAAAUAACAUUGUUGAGUUGUGUUGAUGUUUACGUUUCAUAUCACAUAACUGGAACAGAUAGGCUACCGUAGUUGAAAACUGGCGAUAACAUCCAACAACAAAUGAUACUUGGUGUUCACCAAUACAUUGGUGGUCUUUUUAUCAACGAUGGAAAAUUCAGAGGAGAAUCUACCAGCUAACCUGGAAAAGUUGCAGAUUAGCCCCCUUAGUGCUCAGCCGAGAUGUGUUGCCAACUUUAACCCUUUUGCUGCAAACAAUGUUGCUACAACGGCCUUAGUUGCUGUGGGGACUUCGUCUUCUUCACCUGAGUCAGUCUUUCAGUCUUUGUCUCUGUACGGUGCAGAAUGUCCAUCGGGCUCUUGUUUGUGUAACAAGAAGAAGAAAUCUCAGAUGAGCACGUUUGUGCAGAAGACGAGUUUCAAGCGGCCAGUGCUGAGACGCAGCCACCUCGGUGUGGUGAGUCGUCGAGUUCUGAGAGCUCCAGUCCUUCGCUUCAGAGAGACGGUGGCAAUCAUGCGUCCCUUGGACCAUCCGACAACUCUUACCUCUCACCUAGCCUCGCUUGAUCUGUCAACCUCACAGGGCAAAUUGCUCGGACUGGAUCCGCAAAACAUGAAAGAUUUCAAAUCCCUUGUGUCGUUCAAUCCGAAACUCGAUCUAAAAUACAAAUCACUCUCCCGAUUCGAAACCGUGAGCUUCAUCGAGUUGAGAACAAAGAGGGAUAAACAUUUCAUUGUCGGCUUGCGGUCGCCGAGAAGAAGAACAUAUUCUGAUAGCACUGCCCUCUCGUUACCCUCCACCUCGGAAAGUGAGAGUGAGACUGCCCAGCGACCGCAGGCCUCGUGCUCUAUUCAGGCGAGGAUGACUCCCGAUGAUACUAACAUCGACGAGCUCGCUAGCUACUUCGACCUGUUUGUUCACAUCCCGAAAAAGAUGUCACACAUGGCUGAAAUGAUGUAUAUUUAAAUCUGAAAAGCCAGUUUGGCAAGGACUAUUCCAUGUUUUUGUUAUUGAGUGUGUGAAACAACGCUGAUUAGUAUUCUCUUUGGUCCUUAUACAAAUUGGUACAAACUAUGUGUGGUUUUUGUUUAUUGUCAGCUUAUUUGCUUAAGCCUAUUUUUCAUUAAAUUAUUGCAUUUCUUAUUUAACAAUAUUAAAUAUUUACAGCAAUAA